AUGUUCUUUACCACGUAUCUACUCAUACGCCUCAUACACUGGAUAAAUUUUAUUUUCAGACUGUUAUCUGACUUUGUCAUUGGGACUGUACUUGAACCCAAGUUUGAUAUAGCGUUGGUUACUGGUGGCUGCUCGGGAUUGGGAAAAGAACUUGUGCUGCAACUUGUCAACAAGAAAGUCAAAGUGGUUGUACUCGACAUCACAAUUCCACAAGAGGAACUUCGAUUACCCGGAGUCACAUACUUUCAAUGUGAUGUGAGCAAUAGAGAGCAAGUUUUGGAUAUUCAAAAAGAGGUGCAGCUGUUGAUGGGAACGGUGACAAUUUUAAUAAAUAAUGCUGCAGUUGCAACCGGCAAACCAUUGCUUGAUCUAUCAUUUCAAGAGAUUGAAAGAACUGUUCAAACAAACCUCAUGGCCAGCUUCUAUACAAUCAAGGCAUAUUUGCCCAGUAUGAUCCUGCUCGAACGUGGCUAUAUCAUCACAAUUGCGUCUGUUUUGGGAUACAUGUCUCCGGCUAGAUUGAGCGCAUAUGGGGCGUCGAAAUCAGGUCUCAUUGCAUUACACGAAUCACUCACAUACGAACUUGCUUCACCUACUUUCAGAUCAAAUGGGAUUAAAACGUUGCUUGUAUGCCCUGGCCAAAUAAGUACGACCAUGUUUAAAGGAGUUAGAACACCGACACAAAUCUUUGCUCCCGAACUAGAUCCAAAAUUUGUUGCUUCAUAUGUUGUGCUGGCCAUCGCGCAAGGAAGAAGGGGUGAGAUUAAAUUGCCCUUUUACGGCAAGUUCCUUCCCUUAUUUAGAGCAUUUCCGUGGCCGAUUGUUGCACUAGCUCGAAAAUUGUCGGGGAUCGAUGAAAGCAUGACAAAUUUCAAAGCAAAAGUUUCCAGAGUUGCUAGUAGUGUGUCCUCAAUCAUCAGUAGGUCCAGAAAUUGCACCAAUGAUAAUUCCCCCGCAGUAUUAAGGGAGUCGUUAACAGUAUCACCACAGGCAUCGAUUUCAAUGAACAUCGGGGAAGAGAAGUUCGCUGAAAAGUAG